CCUGUCCUGCCCGCGCCCCCUCCCAGGUCGUCCUGCCUCCUUCGAGCCCCACGUCCCAUAGCCCCUAUCGCUGCUGCGCGCCGAGUGCCCCUAAGGACCGAAAGACGGACGCGGGUCCAGGCUGUUUGAGGGACGGGCGUGCGCCCACAGUGCUGGAGGCCGGAUGGUGACCCGGUUCCCGAAACGCUGAGACUGACGGACGGCUGCUGUGGCCCUCGGAAGCCUUCCGAGUGGGAGGAAACCCGGGGCGAGUGGACGGGCGCUCCCGGCAGCCGGGCUCCGGUACCCUUCUCCCGCCCUGACCCCAGCUAGGGUCCCUUCUGCCGUGCCUCACCGGUCGCCGUCAGACUUUGGGGGCAGUAUGAACGAAGAGGAGCAGUUUGUAAACAUUGAUUUGGAUGAUGACAAUAUUUGCAGCGUUUGUAAACUGGGAACAGACAAAGAAACACUCUCCUUUUGCCACAUUUGUUUUGAGCUAAAUAUUGAAGGAGUACCAAAAUCUAAUCUUUUGCACACCAAGUCAUUAAGGGGCCAUAAAGACUGCUUUGAAAAAUACCAUUUAAUUGCAAACCAGGAUUGUUCUCGAUCUAAACUUACCAAAAGUACUUAUGAAGGAGUUAAAACUAUUUUGAGUAAGAAGAUAAACUGGAUUGUACAGUAUGCACAAAAUAAAGACCUGGAAUCAGAUUCCGAAUGUUCUAAAAAUCCCCAACAUCAUCUGUUUAAUUUUAGGCAUAAAACAGAUAAAAAAUUACUCCCACAGUUUGACUCUCAAGUACCAAAAUAUUCUGCAAAAUGGAUAGAUGGAAGUACAGGUGCCAUCUCAAACUGUACACAAACAAUUUUGGAGCAGAGGGAAAAUACAGACUUUGGCCUUGCUGUGUUACAAGAUUCAGGUGCCACCUUAUGCCAUGACAGCAUGUUAUGGCCUCACAGUCAUAACCAGGCACAAAAAAAAGAAGAGACUCUCUCAAGUCCAGAUGCUAAUGGCCAGACCCAGAGUCUACAUUACAGCAGAGAGGAAUUGAAUUUGAUGACUCUUGGUGAGGUAGAGCAACUGAAUGCAAAGCUCCGGCAACAAAUCCAGGAAGUAUUUGAAGAGUUAACACAUCAAGUACAAGAAAAAGAUUCUUUAUCUUCAGAGCUCCAUGUCCGUCAUGUCGCCAUUGAACAGCUUCUCAAGAACUAUUCCAAGUUACCAUGCCUACAAGUAGGACGAACAGGAAUGAAGACACACCUACCCAUAAACAACUGAACUAAUUAUUUUUUAUCAGUCUGCCAAGAAUGCAACUUGAAGAAGUUUUAAAGAAGGUUACGGUCCAUUUUUUUUAUGGUCAUUAAAUUUGCAAAGCUUAAGGCACAGUAUUUAACAUCUUUGUCUAAUAAAGCAGAUCAUUAUACCCUAGUCUUCUAGGAUAAUCAUUUGGCUUCAUUUUGGGAAUCUUUCUCAUAAUCACUAAAUGUCUCUCCCUAACUUUUAUCACGUGUAUGUUUAAAAAUACUGUUACAGUGUGAUUUUAUUGUCAAAACAAUAGAUUAACAAACUCCAUAUAUUAGCCUGAAUUACUAAAGAUAAUUUUAAAAGGGAAAUGGGAUUCAUAAUAAACACCUCUUAUUUACUAUGAGCAAUAUUUUAAUAUAAAAAAUUUUAUAUAUAAAAAUGCUAUUUUAGGUACCUUUUCAUUCUCUUUGUAAAUGUGUAUUUGAAUGGCUUUGUAUAUUUACACUUAUAUGUGUGAAUAUGCUCACCUAUAUUUCAGAUCACUUCAUUUUAUUCUCUUAAAUAUGAUGUUUUUACAGUUGUUAUCUUUCCUUCCAAAGAUAAAUGUAUUUUGGAGUAGAAAUCUAUCUAAUUGAGUUGUUUUAACUUCUAAUAACUUAUGAAAAUAAGAAUAACUUUUUAAAGUAAAUAUCCAAGUAUAUAAAAUACAUUAUUAUUUUCUAACAAAAGUAGUUCUGAGAUGGCUUAGGAAGAAGAUACUAAUCUAAUUUUGCCUCCAUAGAAGUGAAAACCUUUUCUACUUUAUUAUUACUUUCAUUCUAAUGACUUUGUUGUGUUAAAAUUUAGAUAGAGUAAGUCAAGCCUCACUUCCACGUCAAAAGUAAUAUCUUCAAUCUGAAAGUGUCCUAUUUUGGAAAAAACUUAUUUUCCACUUCACAUAAUUUCAAGAAUUCUUAAAUUGUCUGAAUUCUGUUAUCAGUGUCAUUGAAAUUAGUGUUCCAAGAAAGCUUUGUAAGGUGUUUUUCUAAAUUUUAGAAUCUAAGAUAACAUUGCUUGAUAUUAGAAAAAUAAAGCUUCUAAUUCAAUAAUCCUAUGUUUAGAAGGUUAUGCUUAUAAGCUGCCUAUGAUGUUUCCAAAGAGUUGUUAACUAUCAAGCAGCUAGAUAGUUUUAAUGAUGUAUUACAGCAAAUACUAUAAUCAAUGAAAAAUACCAGUGGAUUCUAAAUUCUGUUUUCUGCUGGUGCUUAGAAUGUAUUUAUGAGGUAGAUCCUUUGGUUGAAAGAAUCUACAGAGAAGUCUGUCUAUUCACUCAGCAGCCUCAUACAUAAAGAUAUGAAUGACUUCUGCUUAAAUUUGGCAGCUUAUCCCAGGUUGGGUCAGAUUUUAGUCUUAAACACAAACAGUAUUUAAGAUAUUCUUCAGUCUCAUUGAAGGGAACUUUCUAUAAUGCUAAGAUGUAUGAAACUGGACUGAGGAUAAUAAUUGCUAAUCUCAUUGAUUUAAUUUUUCUUUAAAAUAUGACAUAACUGUCAAGCUUUUUAUAGGGAGCUCUUGAAAUAUUCUUUCAGUUUCUCUCAAUUCUUUGAGUCAUCCAGAAUGAAUUUUAAAUCCAGGGAGUAGGAAUGUGGAUGCAUUGCCUUAGUUUUAAUAAGCUUUAAAUUGAAUACGUGCAAUAUGAAAAUAUCCAAAUGUAUACGUUGACUAAAGACUUGUGCUGAUUAUGCCAGUUAGUAUUUUAGUGCUUAGUUGUUAUGGUUACAUUUUCAAAUUUGACUUUACUCUUUUUUAGCAUAAUUCAUUAAGAAUGUUACCAGCCUGAGUAGUUGCACAUAUUUGGGCUUCUGUUUAGAUAACUUUGGGACAGUCAUAAAAGUUUGGGAUGUGUUGCAUUUCAUAUCAGGAGUAGCAUAUUUCCAGAAUAUGAGCCAUAUGGUACAGUCCUAAAUACAGUAGUGUUAUCCAAAGGAAAUGUUUGCUUAUCCCUUAGAGUUUUUUGGCAAAUACAUAGCUUUUACUAAUGAGUUCAGAAUGAUUGGGUAGGAUUGUGCAUGUACUAAGGUUUAAUUGAGGACUUCUAUUUAUUCCAUUUAGAUAGUUCUGCUUAAGCUUGUUUUCAAGGGAAAGGUGCUCCUAAACUGUCUAUGGUGCUGGUAUUCACACUAGUACUUACUCAGAUGAACUUCUAGGAAAAAAAUUUUGAAAUAUUUUGCAUAGCAGUCUAUCCAAAUAUUUGGUAAACUUAUAUAUUCUCAUCCUUUGUUGAUUGAAUAUGCAAGUAUUGUAUGCUAAAAUAAGGUUCAGGAACAGAGUUGAAUUAUAACUUGAGAGAACAUGAAAUCACAAAUUCCAUAUUUGGCUGUUUUGUACAGUUGUUAGUACAUUUUGAGAAAGUUUAGAAAAAUAUCUCACGUAUGACUUCAGUUUCAAAAAUGGCAAAAAAAAAAAAAAAAUCACUGCCAGUGAGACACUACUGACAUUUUCAGAGCUUUUUUUUUUUUUUUUUUUUUGUAUUAGUUUCGUAAUUAGACAAAUUGAGUUUUAGAAAACUGGAAGUCAAAUGUGAUAAGGCCUUGGAUUUGAUACCCAGCAUCACAAAAAGAUAAGUAACUAAAUAAAGUGUUUAAAUUGUUGUAAUAUUUACUUUUGAGAUUCAUCAUCUUAUCCAUUAAUCCUGGUGUUAAUAUCUAAGUCCUUAAAAAGACAUGCACUUGAGAUACCAAUAACAUGAUUCAGGCAGCCAAAUGAUGUUCUAUUCCAUUAUGUAGUUUCUUUCCCAUAUGCUGAUAUCAGAGCAAAGAGAUGUUCUUAGUUUUUCAAAGUACAUGUUCAUUUUACCAUAAAGUGCCCAUUUUUAUAUGCAUUUAAGAGUUAUUUUUAAAUAGAAAGUUCAUGUUGGAAAAUUAUUACAAAAAUAUAAUUGAAAUAUAUUUUAUUGUCAUCUUGAUAGAUUUCUUGGUUUUGUUUUACAGUAUUUCUGCCAUUGAAAAUGGUUUAAAGUGUUUGGGGUUUUUUAAAAUAAUUGUUUACCUUGGUGUUUACACUGUUGAGACUUACCAGUUUUUGCUAGUUUUUUUAAAUAAGUUUUUUAGAUCUCUUUUUGUGUUAAAGUUUACCUAUUUUGAUUUUAUUGUUUUAUUUUAGAGGAAGUCUGCUUUUAUUGUUAACAUUAUAAAAUGUCAUAAAAAAUGUUUGAGCUCUAAAGUUAAGUAGAAAUUUUAAACUAUUUGUAUAGUCUAUUAGGUUCAGAUUAAUAACUGUAAAGUUAGAUGUACAUGAAAACUUCUAAAUGGAAUAUUGUGUAAAGUCCUUGUAGUGUUAUAUUUUAUGACUUUUGCCAGUUCAUUUAUAGACAUGUAAUAACAUUGCUUAUGCUAAAAUAAGAUAUUUGAGUAUUUUAAGUACAUAUUAAGUUUAAUAUUCUAUAAGAUUUUCAGAUACCAUCUGUUCAGAUGUGACUGUAAAGCAAACAUAACUGAUUUGAUUUCAGUAUAUGAUUGCAUUUUUCACUUAAGAUUUGUGGAAAUGAUUAUUUGAGGAAAUCUGUGGUAAAAAUUAGUAAGAGAUAAAGCUCUCAACAAGUUAUGCUUGCGAAGUUAAGUGGUAAUGGGAUAAAGGAGCAUUUAUUUACCAGAGUAAUAAGAUAAUGGGAUUUGGCCCAAAGGAGGAGGGCUACAAUUCUGUGUUUGGGAUAUUGAGGUUCCAUCUUGCAUCUCCAUAUUUGCCUUUCACGUUUGUCAUUGUUUUGGUGUAGGCUAACCUAUUAAGUAACUUCAGGCUAUGGUUAUAUGAUUACUUUGCUGUGAAUCAUAUUAUUGCAAGUUGGUUCCAUUACUUUUUUUUAACACCUAGUUUAUAACAUAUCUUUCUCUGCUGUUUUAAGUUUAGUUCAUAUUAGAAGUGCAUCUCAGUGAUUUUGAAUUUUAAACUUACCAAAGUGCAACAACAAAAAUCAUGGAGAUGAAUACUACCCUUUCCC